AUGGUCACCUUCACCUUCCCUGUGCUGGCCGCCGUGGCUUUGGCUCCUUUGGUUGCCGCCUCCCCGGCCGCCGAGGCUCAUAUUUCUGCGCAGCCAGCCCCUUUUUUCUCGAUUGAGAAAUGGGUCUCUGACUACGCCGAGAACCCCGAAGGAGACCAUUUGUCUUUGCAGGAGGCCCUUGAUGCAUUCUUAGCGGGGUUGAACACCGCCGGCUCGGAGAACCAUGCUUCUUGUAACCAGCUGGAAAGGCAAGAAUCCCGCGUCACGGAUGCUGUCCACUGCAUUGACCAGCUUCGCGAGAACCCGGACAAUGAGGUCACAAUGACAACGUCCCGGCAACUCUAUUGCGCUCACGGCACUGCGCAGAUAUGGGGAGGCGCUGGCCAGAAUGCCGGAGGGAAGACAACCUUGUAA